AUGCCUCGGCAAACCACUGUACCAAUACGAACGCCUUCCGAUGCAAUCACAAAACAAGUUAGAUCCAAAAGCACAACGACAUCAUCCUCCACUGUGGCCGCCAUCACAACCACCAGUAGUAGUGUUGUGGCACCACACGAUAAAGCAUCCAUCAUGCGCACUCCGACAAAAAAGGCAAAUGUUGCCAGACAACAAACAUCCAGGUCAUCUGUUACCUCGACGCCCGCCAAUAAAACCCUGCGCCGGAAAACUAUUCAACCGACCGUCACCACGGAUCGCAACGAUGAAACCGAAUUACGCCGUGUCCGCGCUUUGCUUGAACAAUCGCGCAAAGAAAAGGAAAUGCUCAGCGAACAGAUGGAUGGAAAGGAAGCCGCGUGGGAAAGGCUCGUGUCCGCCAAGGAAAGUUACGCCCUGCGGGUAAAAGAACGAGACGAUGAGAUUUUUCGGUUGCAGCAAGCCUUGGCCGACCGGGACGAUCAAUGUCGGCGCAUGCACGAAGCACUGGGAAAAACCAAAGCCACCAUGGCCCGCGUCGCAAUGGCUGAUGCCAUGGAACAGCAAUACCAACGUCGCAUCGAUAAAUUGGACACCUUGGUCCGUGAUUUGCAGCAACGAGCAGUGGAGGCCAAUGAAGCGCAUGAAGCCAAGCUUCGAGAGCACGGAUCUCAGUUGGACCAACUACGUCGUGAUCUAGCGGAGCGAGACCAGACCACGGCUUGUUUGGAACGUGAGUGUGACGAGCUGCGUCGUGCUGGAAUGGAAGCUUUGCAGAGUUACGAAACGUCCAUGGCGCAAAUCAAACAAGACAACGAUUUGAUUGAGGAGAAAGAGGAUCACAUUGGCCAGUUGAAUGCGAUCAUCGAAGAACUAAAAUUGUGUAACGCUACACAGAUCAGCAAGGACGACCGGGACGAUGGUUACAAGGAUUCCCGACGCCGAUUGGAAGAACAGUUGGAGUUGACGACGCAAGAGUUAGAUCGCGAGCGUCAGCAGAUGAAAACGUUGGCGGUGGAAGUGGACCAGUUACGGGAAAAUAUCAAACAACUGCACCGAACGGUGGCAGGAGCGAAUGCGGAAUGUGCGGUAUUACAAGAGAAGCUGGAGAAGGAAAUUCAGGAAAAACGGUGUCUUAUGGAAGAGUAUGACGCGGCGCUGGAAGCGCAAGCCACAGCGAGAAAUGACUAUGAGCAAAUCAGUUUGGCCAAGACCAAAAUAGAAAGGGAGCUUGCUGAAGCGUUGAAAAAAGCGGUGCUGUCGACGCAUCAGCAAACCAAUACCACCGAGGAGAUGCAGCGGGAACUGGAAACGACGCGAAGAGCGAAACACGAGUUGAUUGCCGACAAUCAGAAACUGCAGACCCUGUGCAACCAAGCUGAGCAGGAAUGCAUACGUUUGAUCGAUGAAAUGCUCAUUUGGGAAACCGAGAAAGUCAAUGACGCAGCGGAUGGAGAGAAUGGCGACAACGGCAAUAAAGACUGGCUACGUCAAUUGGACCGCAUCAAUGAGGCUCUUCUGUGCCAGCGACAACGGUAUGACGAUCUAGAAAAGGUACGAUGCAACGAGAUUCAUCAACUGAGCGCAGAGAUCACCGCGCUGCGGCUAUCAUUGGCCACCAAGGACGAAACGGUGAUGACCCUGGAGAAGAACCUGGAGAUUGAAAAACAGCGAACCAAGCAACUUGAGAAACAGUACCACGAAGAUACGCGGUACAACCGAUACAGCACCCCGAUUUCCCCCGUCUCCAUGACCACGUUCUCCCAUCGUGACAGCAGCGACGAUGAAGAAGAGGUCUACUGCGAGAUUUGCGAAGUCUACGGUCAUGAUGUGAUAGCGUGCACGGCAUUUACGUCCACAGCCGAGGAUGAAGAAUAUGACGAGCAACCAAGUGAUUGCAUGUGUUACUGUGUCAACUGUGAUGUGUUUGGAGUUCACCCGACCGAAGAGUGUCCCAAUCAAGAUGAAACGUUUUAA